UAUUUCAUUUCAUUAACAAUGCUUGGCAGUGAUUUAUUUGCUUCAGCAGCUUUGUUGAUUGUAUUAUCUGUAAUUUGAAAGUCUUUUAGUUAAUUUCAAAGCCUUACUCUUGUAAUGAAUAAACCAAUCAGGGACCACUGAUAACACCAUAGAUCCUGUUUUAACUUCCCUCUUGAAUCUCCUAAAUUCAGCUUCAUCUGUGACAGGCACUCUUGAAAGCGAAUUUUCUCACUGUCCUUUAUUUCCUUAGAUUUUACAUAUUGGGUCAGUUGUAGAACUGUGUGGUAGGACAGAACUGAAGAGUAUUAUUUAAUAAUUUUAUCCCAAUGUUCAAAUAUAUGUCUUGCACAUUUGGAAAACUCUGAAAUUUGUGUCAAAGAGGUUUUGCCUUUACCGAAUCUCACAAAAUUUGCUAAUGACAGGAACAUUUGAAAUCAGAUAUUGUUAAAACUGCUGUCCUGUCUUGUGUUGUCACCGUGAGCAUUCAUUUUCAUGAUUAUAGUAAUAUUGCAUUCAUAUGCAUUCGUACUCACAUUGUGCUCAACACCAAAAUACUCUGUUGAAGUAAGGAAGCAAGUGUUUAAAAAUGUAUGAAAAGGGAAUUUCUUGCCCUCGGGCCCUUAAAGUUAUUUUGUCAAAAGAGGGGUGUGUCACCUUUUAUUUUUCAUGCACUUAAGGUUUUGUAGGAUUUCAUUCCAGAAAUAGUUUGAGCUGCAAUUAUUAAUCAAUUAGUCAAUUAGAAGAAAAUUAAUUGCUGAUUAUUUUGAUAAUCAUUUAAUUGUUCCACUAAUUUUUCAAAGAAGAAUGUCUGACCUUUGCUGGUUUCAUCUUCUUAAAUGUAAUUAUUGGCUGCUUUGGGUCUUUGGGUUUUGGACAAAAGAAACAGUCUGAAGAUGUUGCUUUGGGCUCUAAGAAAUUUUGAUGAGCAUUUUAACACUUUUAUCUAUAUAUCUUUUAGACUAAACAAUUAAUUUAAUCAUGAAAGUAAUCAGCAGAUUAAUGGAUAACAAUAAUAGUAGUUGGUUGCAGCACUAGUUUUGAGAGAUAAAUCCUUCCUUUUUAAAGAAUAUUAAACAGACAGGAACAUGUUUGCUCUCUUUGCAUUUUAGAAUUUUCUUUUUAGAGGAAUCUGAGGCUAAAGAAAGGAGCAGACUGAGACAGACUUGAAAACAAACAGUUGUGUUUUGGUUGAAAAUAUUCCAACGUUUACUGUAUAUAUUGCUGUAUAAGGCUUCAGAAAGAUGAAUGCACGUACAGGCUGUAACGUCCGUUCUCAUGUCUUUCCUGAUUCCAGUGGAUUGGCCAGACGGCAGCAGGAAGUCUGACACCCCUCUAAGCAGUCAUGACCCUCGUACAGCUGUGCAACUUCGCACUGCACUGAAGAGGCUGAAGGAAAUAAUGGAGGGAAAGAGUCAGGACAGUGAUCUGAAGCAGUACUGGAUGCCAGAUAGCCAGUGUAAAGAGUGUUACGACUGCAAUGAGAAGUUCACAACCUUCCGCCGCCGCCACCACUGCCGACUGUGUGGCCAGAUCUUCUGCAGCCGCUGCUGCAACCAGGAGAUCCCAGGAAAGUUCAUGGGCUACACAGGAGACUUGCGGGCCUGCACGUACUGUCGUAAGCUAGCGCUGAACUACGCCCACUCAGCUGAAUCAGGCUCCAUCGGAGAGGACCUGAGCGUCUUGUCUGACUCUCCCUGCUCUGUGUGUGUGUUGGAGCCCAGCGAACCUCGGACACCUGUAGGGGGACGUAAGGCCAGCAGGAACAUCUUCCUCGAGGAAGACCUGACCUGGCAGAGAAAAACUCCUAUUGGGAUGAGAAAGAAUAUGAUUCACCAGGAACCUCAGAACAGUAGCCUCAGUGCCAGAUUGACGACGCUGCAAGAAGAUGUGGGCAAAUCACCUGCUAGGAAGAGGUCUGCCAGUGUGACCAACCUAUCGCUGGACCGCUCUGGAUCCUCCAUGGUGCCUUCGUACGAUAGCUCAGUCAGCCCACCAACUAGCCGGGCCGUGUCAGGCACCAAGGGUGGCACCAAGUUGGACCACAGUGAGGAAGAGAGGAAGAUCCUACUGGACUCCUCCCAGCUGAAGGACUUGUGGAAGAAAAUCUGCCACAACAGCACAGGGAUGGAGUUCCAGGACCACAGAUAUUGGCUGAGAACCUACCCCAACUGCAUUGUAGGAAAAGAGCUUGUCAACUGGCUGCUGAGGAAUGGCACCAUCUCCACCAGGGCUCAGGCUAUUGCCAUAGGUCAGGCAUUAGUGGACGGUCGCUGGCUGGACUGUGUUACUCACCAUGACCAGCUAUUCAGGGACGAGUAUGCUCUCUACCGCCCCCUCCAGAGUACAGAGUUCUCAGAAACACCGUCUCCAGACAGUGAUAGUGUCAACUCCUUGGAAGGACAUUCAGAACCAUCCUGGUUCAAGGACAUCAAGUUUGAUGACAGCGACACAGAACAACUUGUGGAUGAGACAGAGUACACCCUUCCCAACUCUGCCGGGCCUAGCAAGAGAACAUCUGUCAGCAGUUCCCAGUCAGUAGUGGACAGUGACUCAGCUGCCUCCAUUAACCUCAACAUGGAGCAAAACAAUGUGAAUUUCCACGUCAAGAAACAGUCCAAGUAUCCGCACAUGUCUCCUGCCACUGAGCAGAAAUCUGAAUUUCUUGUGUCUGAGGAUGGAGGACAGAACAUUGUCAUAAGUGAUGCCUUCAUCAAGGAGUCUCUGUUCAACCGUCGUGUGGAGGAGAAGGCUAAAGAGAUGAUGUUCACUCCGUUGGGUUGGCACCACAGCUCUCUUGACCAGCUUCGAGAGGAGAACGGAGAGAAGAAGGCCAUGGAGAGGCUGCUCUCAGCCAACCACAGCCACAUGAUGGCACUGCUGCAGCAGCUACUCUACAGUGAGUCCCUGUCUCUGUCCUGGCGGGAUAUUAUUGUCCCUGUGGUUCGACAGGUGGUCCAGACAGUGCGGCCUGAUGUUCGCAACAACGAUGAUGACAUGGACAUCCGGCAGCUGGUCCACAUCAAAAAGAUCCCUGGAGGAAGAAAGUUUGACUCGACUGUGGUCAAUGGCUUCGUAUGUACCAAGAGCAUCGCACACAAGAAGAUGAACCCAUACAUCAAGAACCCUAAAAUUCUGCUGCUGAAGUGCCCCAUAGAAUAUCUGUACAGGGAGGAGACCAAGUUUACCUGCAUUGACCCCAUCGUGCUACAGGAACGAGAGUUUUUGAAGAACUAUGUGCAGCGCAUUGUAGACGUCCGUCCGAACUUGGUAUUGGUAGAGAAGACUGUGUCUCGUAUUGCUCAGGAAAUGCUGCUAGUGCACGGGAUCACACUGGUCAUCAAUGUCAAGCCGCAAGUGUUGGACAGGGUGAGUCGUGUGACCCAAGGAGACCUGGUAAUGUCCAUGGACCAGCUCCUCACCAAACCUCGUCUGGGAACUUGCCACAAAUUCUACAUGCAGCCUUUCACCCUGGCCAGCAAUGAGGUGAAGACUUUGAUGUUCUUUGAAGGCUGUCCCCUUCAUCUUGGAUGCUCCAUCAAGCUGCGUGGUGCGUCAGAGUAUGAGCUGGCCCGGGUGAAGGAGAUCAUUAAGCUGAUGGUGUGUGUGGCCUACCACUCUCAGCUGGAGAUUUCUUUCCUCAUGGACGAGUUUGCCAUGCCGCCCAGCUUGGCCCAAAGCACCUCGUUCCCCUGCUUGCUGGAGGGUGCCUCUGCAGAGGAGGAGGCAGAUGGCGAGAAAAGAGACAAAGAGACAGAUGGAGAGAGCCAGGAGAAAAGUGCUGAGGCUCAAGAUUCUGCACUGGCGGGACAACUUGAGGAGGAAAGGCUUCCCUCUGAGUCUUCAUCCAAAAAUGGAGAUUUAGACGCUCUCCAAGAUAAAGAGAAUCCAAAAUCACUCUCCUCUGUCGAGGAGAAGGCUGAUGACACAGAGACAGUGACCUCCUCGCCAUUCUCCAGUCCCCCUGUGCCAUCUCUGUCGGUCCCUCCACCAUUCCUCAUGGAAGAAGAUCAGGAGAUGGGCUCAGACACCCUCAAUGAGGAAGACAGAAACCUAGUGAAGGACGAGUCACUUAGUAUGGAGGACAGGGAAGGUACAGAGACACCUACUCCGAGGUUGUUCCGAGACCCCUUACAGGAUGAUACUGGGAUGUUUGUGGCCGAGCAGGUGGCUUCAUCUGAUGACCACCUCAAGUCCAUCUCUGCUGUCUUCAAGCAGGAGCUUAAGGACAUUAUCUUGUGCAUUUCACCCUUCAUCACAUUUAAGAAACCAUUCCUUCUUACACCUGCUGGCAUGCACUGCCCCAGCAGGGAGUACUUCCCUGAACAGGUCUACCUAUCUCCUCUCCUCAACAAGGAUUUUAAGGAGCUGGAUGGGCGCAGAAAGCGGCAGCUUCUUAAAGAGCCUGUCCCAUCUUCCCUCCUUAAUGGACAAACAAAUGGCGGCCCACAGCCAAGGGCUAUCGAUGUCCUGCCCUCUCACAGUCUUACUAGCACCCAAAUUGUAGAACAGCUGAACAACAGCCAGGAUCUGGCCAAGAUGCUAGCAGACUACAGAGCAAAGGGAGGUCGUAUUCGGCAGAGGGAAGUCACCGAUCCCUUUAGCUCUUCCAAUACUGCAGUGCCAGUCAGUGGACAGAGCAGGACUGGGGACGCUGCAGUCAAGCCACCAAUCAAGACUGACAGUGAAGAGGACAAGCCAAGCAAACAGAAUGAAAUAAGCUGGACUCCUAAGUUGGACUGUCUGAAUCCUGUCAACCAUCAGAGACUGUGUGUGCUCUUCAGCAGUUCAUCAGCUCAGUCCAACAAUGCGCCCAACCCCUGUGUCAGCCCAUGGAUUGUCACAAUGGAGUUCUAUGGCAAGAAUGACCUCUCUCUUGGUGUAUUCUUGGAACGGUAUUGUUUCAGGCCAUCUUACCAGUGCCCCAGCAUGUUCUGUGAAACUCCCAUGGUGCAUCACAUCCGUCGUUUUGUGCAUGGUAGCGGCUGUGUGCAGAUUGUAUUGAAGGAGCUGGACUCCCCAGUGCCUGGUUACCAGCACACUAUACUUAACUACUCCUGGUGCCGCAUCUGCAAACAGGUGACACCAGUGGUACCUCUGUCCAACGACUCAUGGUCCAUGUCUUUUGCAAAAUACCUGGAGCUUCGCUUCUACGGCCACCAGUACACCAGGAGGGCUAAUGCAGAGCCCUGUGGACACUCCAUCCACAAAGACUACCACCAGUACUUCUCAUACAACCAGAUGGUGGCUUCCUUCAGCUACACUUCAGUAAGACUCUUGGAGAUUUGUCUUCCUCGUCCCAAGAUCUUCAUCAGGAACCUGGGGCCUUUGAAAACCAACCUGCAGCAGGACCUGAAGGACUUCUCUCAGAAAGUGGCACAGGUGUACUUGGCCAUAGAUGACCGCCUCACAUCCCUCAAGACCGACACCUUCAGUAAGACUCGUGAAGAAAAGAUGGAGGACCUCUUCGCUCAGAAAGACAUGGAGGAGGCAGAGCUGCGGAGCUGGAUCGAAAAGCUUCAGGCGCGACUACAGGCCUGCGGUAUGGAUUCUCCUCAGCAGCUGCAGACCGUCCUGGAGUCACUGGUGAUGAAGAAACAGAAUCUCUGUGAGAUGUUGCAGUACUGGAACGGCAGGCUACAGGACUUAUUCCAGCAGGAGAAAGGGAGGAAGCGUCUGUCUGUCCCCCCCAGCCCAGGCAGGCACAGACAGACUGCUGAUGACAACAAGAGUGCGCUGGAUUCCUCCCCCCGUAACCCCUCACCUGUGGUGCAGAAUGGUGAGAAAGAGGACCGUCAUCUCAACACGUUGCCCUCGACCUCUUCCACCUCUGUGUUGCCGUCACCGGGAGAUCCUGGAGCUGAACCAAUCACACCUGUUCCCUCCUUUACUGAGCAGGACUAUGUCAGCAUCCCAGAAGAUGUAUUUGACGGACACUUGCUGGGCUCCACUGACAGCCAGGUAAAGGAGAAGUCCACAAUGAAAGCCAUCCUCGCCAACCUCCUGCCCGGUAACAGCUACAACCCCAUCCCCUUCCCGUUUGACCCGGACAAGCACUAUCUGAUGGACGAGCAUGAGCGGGUGCCCAUCGCAGUGUGUGAGAGGGAGCCAAGCUCCAUCAUCGCCUUUGCUCUCAGCUGCAAGAAGUACAAGACAGCUCUGGAUGAUCUGUCCAAGGCAUCAAACACAGGCGGGGAUGAGACUCCGCAGGUUCUCAGUGCCGGUGAGAGUCGGGCUAAGAGCAGCCCUGCGAGGCCCAGCGAGUCAGCCUCGUCGCAGCAGAGCCGCAGCAGCAUGGAGACUGAUCCCCUCAAGGAUGCAGACUUGACAGAUAAACAGAAAAAACAGACCCUGAAUCCACAUAUCGAGCUGCAAUUCUCCGACGCCAACGCCAAAUUUUACUGUCGAAUCUACUAUGCCGAGGAGUUUCAUAAAAUGCGCGAGGAGAUCAUGGAGAGCCCUGAGGAGGAUUUUGUCCGCUCACUGUCCCACUGUGUCAACUGGCAGGCUCGCGGUGGAAAAUCUGGAGCUGUUUUCUAUGCAACAGAAGAUGACCGGUUCAUCCUGAAGCAGAUGCCAAGACUGGAGGUCCAGUCCUUCCUGGACUUUGCACCUCACUACUUCACCUACAUCACCGGAGCUGUGCAGCAGAAACGACCGACUGCGUUGGCGAAGAUCCUGGGCGUUUACAGGAUUGGUUACAAGAACUCCCAGAACAACACAGAGAAGAAACUGGACCUGCUCGUAAUGGAGAAUCUUUUCUAUGGACGUAAGAUGGCUCAGGUGUUUGACCUCAAAGGCUCCCUGAGAAACCGUAAUGUGAAGACAGACUCAGGGAAGGAAAGCUGCGAGGUGGUUCUGCUGGAUGAGAACCUUCUGAAGUUGAUCCACGACAACCCGCUGUACAUCCGCUCCCACUGUAAAUCCAUCCUGCGGGCCGCCAUACACAGCGACGCCUAUUUCCUCUCCAGCCACCUCAUCAUCGACUACUCCCUGCUCGUGGGGCGAGACGAUGCCACUGAUCAGCUGGUGGUUGGGAUUAUAGAUUAUAUCAGGACAUUUACCUGGGACAAGAGACUGGAGAUGGUUGUCAAAUCCACUGGAAUCCUGGGAGGUCAAGGGAAGAUGCCCACGGUGGUCUCUCCGGAGCUGUACAGAGCUCGUUUCUGCGAGGCCAUGGACAAAUACUUCCUGAUGGUACCUGACCACUGGACUGGUCUGGGCAUCAACUGCUGAGCAAUGCUGCCGUGUCCAAAGGCAGCAACAGGAAACCACACAGUCACCCGCUCUCAGACUUUCUAUGCACAGAAGUCAGUUUCCUGGACAGAGGCCUCAGUAUGUGAGCGUGUUUUUAAUUUACCUGAGACCCACAAGCACACUGGAUGUUGUAAAUGUUAGAAAAUGGUGCAGACCAAAAGCCUGAACAGUAUACAGCACAGAAUCAUUCCACAGGAGCAGUGCCGCACUGCGAGUGUGCCAUUAUACAGACAUUGUACAUCUGUUUUUAUCACUGGGGGCACAUUACAGUAUUAACAGGUUAUAACUUAUCACCCUCUGGAUUCCUGAUUUGUUUCAUGGAGGGUUUGUUAUUUUAUUAGUGCCAUGAGUUCAACUGUUUCAAGAGGACCUACUGAAAAUGUUCAGUAUUAUGAUUUGGUAAACAAACUCAUUCGUGUAAUUUACGUUUGUAAAUGUACAGAGAUUAUGUAACUAUUAAAAUAUUAUUAACACUG